GUUCAAUUGCUUCGAUUCCAUUGAUUGAACCACUAUGAAAUUUUUGCUUUAUUGUUAUUUAGUGUUAAAUCUCUAUGAAGUUUAUUCAGAAAAAAUACGAUAUGUAAUUAUUUCUAAAAACAUGAUUUGUACUUCAUGGACGUUAGGUGGUGACAUGCAAUGGACAAACCACCCUUCCACAUCAAAAGAAAAGAUACUUUUUCAGUUACCACCGAGUUAUCUUCAAGAUAAUUCUUGGGACGCACAUGUCCCAGUAUAUUUUUAUCCACAUCGAUCGUCUUUAUUGCCAUUUGAGGAUGAGUCGUUACUUCUUCAUAGUGCAGAAACACUGAAACAUGUUCCACCAUUUUACGGCAAAAUAAUUCCCAAUUUAAAGCAAAUAGUGCAUUGGACAGAUGACGUUAUACCAAAAAUUAAACCUGUGUUAAAAGAUGUAUCAGAAAAUGCCAGAAAGUCAAAGAAGCGCACACUUUUCUACAAACCUAUUUUUAAAGUUAGAUGGCACUUAGAUAAAUCAGUUAACGAAGACAAACCAGAAAUAGUGCCCGAGACUGUAUUAACAAAAUGUUCCAAAAAACCCAAUUACCAUUGUAUCGAGAAACGAAUUGGCCCAGAAGGAAAACCAGGAAAUGCAGUUAUUUUAAACUCUGAAAAAUUUCAAAUACCUAAGCCAAACAUUAAGUGGAUAGCAAAAGUAAAUAGAAGRGAAUCAAAGAUCGAGUUAUAUAAUGGUUCAGAACUUAUUUUAAGUAUCAAAUGGUACCUUGACAAUAUUUCAGGACCAAAAAUAGCCUGGAUUUUAGACAAAAAUCAGUUAAUAAAAGCGCAAAUUCGUUGCUUUGAAACUCGCGAAAAUGGAAAAUACAAAAUUACGUGUAUGAUAGACCGAAACGAACCGCCUGUAGAUUUAAGUGAGUUUAACUUUGGUAAAAAUGUGACUUUGGAACCAACAUAUAAACUAAAAUGGUUCAUAAAUUCUGAUUCAUCACAGCUCAAAUGGCUUAUGUAUAAAUCAUUAAACAAGGGGUAUGAUAAAAACAAAUUUCCUUUCAACAACCAUUUCGAAGACAAUGACCACAUAACACACUGGAGUUAUAAUACUUUAGAAGUUAAUCAGCCWUCCAACGAGGUUUCCGUUUUGCAUAAGAAACCUAUUUUUAGACCUUAUUCCGAGAAACAUGAAACUUAUCAAAAAAUUGAGACCAACGACAAUGCAACAAAUUUGGACACUUCUCAUGAUAAUAAUUGGAACGUCCACUGGUCUACUAAUAAAUACAGUAAUCAAGCAGAUGGAAACCCGAAUCAUGAUWCAAAAAAUAAAUUGUCAGUUGACAAUCCAAAAAAUAAUCAGCCAUCAGAUACUUCUGWUGGUUUAUCCAUAGGAGGGUCUCUGAAAUUAAAAAAUCCACUUACUGGACUUUUACCAAAUCAUAAAGACUCCUCCGGGAGUAGUUCUGUUGGUUUAUCAAUAGGAGGGGCUUUAAAAUAUAAAAAACCAAAGGUUGAAUCAACACAAUCUUUAGGCACGGCUUUGGAAGGAGGUUUAAAGGAUAACUCAGACAGCGGGUACCCAAAAAGUYCAUUACUACUAGAGUUGUUAAGAAGAAAAAAACUUGGAUUGAAUCCUUUACCUUGGUUGUAAGAAUGUGAGAUUAAUGGUAAUUUUAAAGAUAAAAAACUGUACGUUCUUCAAUUAUGUGUGAAAUAUAUGAUGUC